AAUCAGUCUUGGCAAAUGUCACAUAGGCCUAAAUGGCCUCUAUGGAGAGGAAACAUGAGAAUUGCAGCCCCUUCAUUCCACGGCGCAACACUUUGAGGAAAACAAGUGCAGAAAUUGUCAGUGAAGCCAGACAGUCUCUGCGAGUUCAGUCCACCCAGCGACCAUUUACUCCCAGAGAUGGACACAGGCAACUUUUUGGAAAGAGCUCUGUCCGAGCAGAUCGUGACAACAGACCUCCAUCUACCUUUAGUCUUCAUGCUCAAAAUUUUGAUGCACCUGAUUCAAGGCCAGGUUCAGGGACUCGCCUCUCUCCACUGAACCACAAGCCAAAGUUUCCAGUCCCAUGUGAUGCUGAAGAUGCAUUCAAAGCCUUUCCCAAACCCCCUGCUGACCCACUGGAAGUGAAGAGGGGGCUGGCAGGGGCAAGGGCACGGCUCCUCAGGGCUGGAUCUCUCACCACAUUGCCUCCUGUAGAGGGAUACACAGAUGUGACAGAAAGAUUAAACCCAGGCCUGGAUCAAAAUCAGCCAUCAACUCAACAACUCCUCAAUACAGACCACACCAAGGUCCACAGUGGUCCCCACAGACCUGGCCCACACAGAACAACAAGUGAAAGUAGAAUAACGCAGCCUGUUGUUGACUCAGGAGUUAGACCCACAGACUGCACAACAGGACAGAGAACAGAGCUGGGGAAUGGAAAGAACACCACAAGCACAGAGGAGGAUGCAGAGUCACUGGUGUGGAACAAUACGAUUGGUCCUCUUCUACAACAACUGGAGACUGUGGUUGCAGGCAGCUCCGAGGGCUCGGUGGACCGUCUGUGUGAUUUCUGUGACCGUCUCCAUGGCACCUUGGCAGAAGCAGCCAUGCUCGGACGACGCUGUAAGAGGAGGUCAGGGAUUCUUCGAACACUCUUCCGCCUCAUCGACCUCAACUCUGCUCAGCUCAACCUGCACAUCGCCAAGCUUUGCCUUGCUCUGUGUAUCAGUGGAAACAACCUCCUCAACAUCUGUAAGCUCAUCUUCCAGAUCAGCCGCAGUGAAACCAACGACCUCCUCUUCCAGAACAACUCUAUUAUAGACUCGUUGCUGGGCGUGCUGAGCUAUGAGGAUGUGUCUACAUCUGGAGAAGCUCUCUUGUACUGCGUUGGCACUCUGAAAUUUCUCUCAGGGAACAGUGCAAUCCUCAGACUCCUGCUAGAAAAGAACUGUAUUGGUGUGGCCCAGAAACUCCUCCAGAGGCUCCACACAGUAGAAGAGACCCACUUCGCUAUAGCUGGGCACAUCCUUGUACAGCUGACAGCGACCCUGAGGAACCUUGCCGAUCACCCUGAUUCCCGUCCACUCUUUGUUUCCUUCUCUGUAUUGUCAGAGCUUUGUCUGGUGCUGCAUCAUCACCGCAAAGACCAGGACAUCUGCACCAACAUUUCCAGAAUAUACAGUAAACUCUCCUCUUACUCGGAGUGCCGCCUCGCCCUGGCCCAGACCCCCGACUGCUACCAACUAUUUUUAGAACUGCUGACCAAACAUCACCAAAAACAGGACCUUGUUGUGCGCCUUCUUUUCACCCUCGGGAACCUCACAGCCAAAAGCGACGAGGCUAGGCUGCAGCUCUUCCAGUGCCAGGGCUGCAUGGACACACUCCUCCAAGUGUACGACAGCUACCAGAGAAGAGAUGCGUCUCCACACACGCCCUCACAGACAGGUGCCUCUUCCCUCAGCAAACCUUCCGCUCCACCCACGAGCGUGCAGGAGGACGAUGACGUGCUGGUGAAGCUGGUCAGGGUGCUGGCGAACAUGUGCAUCCAUCCAGCUGUAGGUCCGGCGCUGGCAACCAACACAGCCUGCAUUCAGCUUCUGAUGGAGACACUCGAUUUGAGGUCUGUGCAGGAGAGCGAGGAGCUGUUGGUGAAUGUGGCUGCCACCAUCAACAACCUGUCCUUCUACCAGGAAGAAAGCUCUGCAAUCAGACACAGUCAACUCGCCAUUGCAAAGUUAAUGCUGAAGUUGGUGCUCAGCUCCAGUAUGGACGCCAUGCUUGAAGCCACCCGUGUGUAUGGAAACUUGUCACAGUCCAAUGAUGUGCGGGACUUUAUUAUGCAAAACAAAGUGCACCAGUUUGUGGUGACGCUGCUCGACUCAAAAAGCACUGAGAUGUGUUUUUCAGCCUGCGGGGUCCUCACCAACCUGGCUCUGGACCCUCCCAACCGGGUCAGUCUCUCACUAGAGGGGGCUGCUGCCAAUCUCGUGGACAGCCUGAGAGACUUCGGACCAGGUGAUUGGCAGCUGGCAGGACAGAUUUGUCAGGCGCUGUGGAACCUGAUCGGUGGUGGUUCAGAGAAGCUGCUGGAUACAAAGGAGAGAGAGUCCCUGCUGGAGAUCCUCACUACAUACUUAGAUGAAGAGGAGGCCCUGAAGUGGAUAGAAAAUGAAGACAUGAGGGAUUUUCACAGAGCAUGCUGGGAGUUGGAAUUCCUACCUGUAGCUCAAAAACUGAUGAAAAUCCUCCAGCCUCUGGACCUGACAGCCUGACACACUGUUACAUGAAGUUAGGAGUCAUGUUGCCAUAAGUAAAUCCUUUAUCCUCCGUCAAAACGGAUAGGAUGAAGUAUUUGCUUCAUCUUAUUAGUAUAAAACACUCAUCUCUUGUAGGUUUGAAAUGUGUCUGUAAAGGUCAAUAGCCAUCGCCAUAGAGAAAGCAGAGAUGAUCAGCUUGAACAAAGAGUUUUCACUGCAGAAAAAGUGUCAAAACACAUUUAAAACAUCUCAGACUGCUGCUGCAGAAUAGUUUACGUCUCCACUGUCCAACCACAUGCUCAAGUAUGUUCCCAGUGCUUGUCAUUUUUUGAAGUUAUGGCUAAAUACUCAUAAUUCAAGCCGACUAUUGAUGCUGUUUUUUCAUGAACGCUGAAGCUACCAGCUUUUUACAGCCAGUUUUAAAGCCUAUAGAUGGUCAGUGUUUCAUACUCAAAGCAAUAGAUUUUUGAUUGAAAAGCUUUAUUGGCUGAUAAUGGUAAUUAUGCAAAAUAUAAGAGGCAGGCUGAAUCGGGAUGGAAUGGUAAAAAAAAAAUGUGUGGACAUACCGUAUAUAUAUACUGUAUAUAUAUAAAAUUACUAGAUUCUUUUCUCAAUUCUUGUCUACAGAAAAAACACUUGCACUUCCAUCCGUAUAUGUUUUUUUAUUUAUUUUCAUAGCAUCCUUUUCUUAACAAUACCAGCAGCCUUUUUUUUUUAAUUUUGUUAACAUUUAUAACCUCUUAUGCACUUUAACUUUCAUUUAGGGUAUCUUCACAUGUACAGGGAUAAUUUAAUACAAGUUCUUUGCACAUUUAUAUAACAGAUUUGAUCUGCUUUGUGUUGUUAAGAUAGUUUUAUGAUAAUGUAGUGUUGAAAACAGAUGACUAACCUUGAAUUUACCUCAUGAGCAAAUCCUUUAUUGUCGGUGUAUUGUGUGACUUUGGAACUUGUUCGUAAUAAAGCAGAAGAAAGCAGGAAACAUUUUGCUUCUCAAAGCCUUUAUUAUUACACAGAUAUGGGGCCAGGCAGUGCUUACAAGUUACACCAAGUUGCCUAAAGUACAGCAUUUCAAAAUCACAUCGUUAUCACAUCGAAACAAAUCAGAAACGGCACUUAAUUCAAAAACCCCCGGUGUCAGUUCCCCCAGAUCUCACACAAUAGUGACCUUUAAACAACCACAAGACAAGCUGAUGUUUCAAAAACCCCUAAACAACUCAUUAGCCAGAGCUAGUAACAAACAUUGUUCUCUACACAGAAUUUCUCAGGUUGAUAUGAAAGACAGUUGGCUGGCUGAUAUCAAAGUUACUCAAAGAAAAUGCUUCCUAUGCCAUAUUAUCUGGGAAAGCCACCAAAAUGUGAAGGCAGUUUGGUCAGCGGGGGAUAACAGUGAGUUUCUGCUGGUGAUUGUGUUUUGACAGACAGGCUUCUCUGGCCUCGAUGGGAAAAACCCUGAAGUUCAGACAGAUUACCUCACAACGAAGUCAAGGAUUUUUUCCCGUGAGGUGUGACAUGGAUGUAAUCAGGAAACACAGCUAAAGGUGUCCAACAUGGAAUUCCCCCUUAUCUUGAGCUAAGUGUUGGUCAGCAGCAAAGAGAAACUGACCUGUCAAGCUUAUACAGUAAAAUGAAAUUCACAUGAAAGUCCCUGGACUGCACUGGUGACAAACUGAACUAUCCCCCUGAGUUCAGCUUACUGAUAAUGAAGUCAGCUUUGCUAUCAAAGUGUACUUUGGAACAAAAGGUGUGAGAAUAAAACUCCAUGUCUUUUCAUGAGUCAUCUUUUGCAUAAAAGCAAUUAUGCUUUCUAAUUACCAUGGGUUGUUUAACUUCCUGCAUUCCUGCAACUGAGCAGUGGAAGUGAGCUGAUGGUGACAGUGAUUGUGCUAUGAC